GCUCCUGCGUUUCACCCGCACCUCCCUUGAUCUCAGACGAUUAGCUAGAGCAGCGAGCAAGCCAGCAGCCAAGCAACUGACGAACCAAUUCCCUGACCAACCUUAGCCACUACCAGUGGUCCAUUAGCCCAUGGAGUACUCCACCACCGACCAUGCUGCUGCCCGCCUUCCGGUUUAUCAGGCCCUGGUGGUCUUCAAGUGAACGUGAGCGAGUCCUCGCCUGGCCCUUACUCUCAGCUCGGCUCUAGCUGCCGUCAUUGGUGCAUUUCCCCCGAUUCAACAUUCGCGUCCGGCCUUUGAUUCUGAGUCCCUCUGCCCUUUCUAUUCUUCGACUACUGAGUUGUCCCUCAUCGACCUUUGCGCGCUCGAAUCGAAUGUGAUCAGCCACCGCCAGCCCUGCUAGCCAAGCUCAAGCCCACACUUAGAUAGCCCAGUCCUAUUCCAAUAAAGGACGAGUCAGAGGUGGAGGCCAGCCUUCGGCAACCUUCCGACAUCCGUCAGACCGUCCUCUCGGCCUCACUCACUCGCUCGGAUUGGAGCUAGUCCCGCUACAAAAUUAGGAAGGCUCACUCACCCUACGGGUUCAUUGGUUACGUGCACCGCCGGAUAUGGCGGGCCUUUAAUCACGGGGAAGUCGAAAUCCGACGCGAAUUACUAACCUGAGAGAAAAGGUCAAUCUCGGCGGCCGCUGCUUGGCUGGCUUGGCACUAGCCCCAGUCCCGCAUGAAGUCCUUCCGGGGCGCCUUCAGACUGAGUUCUAGCCAGGCCGAGCUAGUUGAACAUGUCCGCCCAUCACACGCUCAACUCUGCGCCCGCCACCAGCACCUACAACCACGGGGCGCCCAACGGACCCAACCCUUCGCCCAACGCCAACUGCGGUUCUUCCACCGCCUUCUCUAGACUCAACCGUCCGGGUUCGGGCCGUUUGUUGACCGCCCCGGGCUCCAACGGAAACCCAGGUGGGGCCGAAGCCCACCACACCCAUUCCGGGAGCUCCUCGUGGGAUCGGCACGCUCGACCCGGCUCCGGUCGUAGCUCCGGCGCCUCUUCCUCGUCCACCCCGUCCUCCAUCAGCCCCACGUCCCCGUCUGGACCCAGUUUAUCCGGCUCGGGUCAUCACCGACCCGGCACCUUGACAUUACCGGCCCCUGGGGGCGGAAUCAUCCCGUCCGGCAACGUCACUUCGCCCGAACAGGCCGAGAAACGACAGGGCCUGAAGAUUAGCUUUUCACAUCCCAAUAUGAGGCGUGCCGGCAGUGCCAGUAGUAAUAAUAGCGGAGGUGGAGUGCCGGGUGGCGGAGCCAGCUGCCCUCCUAAAGUGCCUUCCCUCCAAUUGCCCGGUGUGUCCGCGCUCAUGACGUCCCAAAGCGUGUGUGAGGAGAAAGGCCGCCUCUUGUUCUACAACACCACCCAUUCCACUGGCAAAUUGAAAUUGGGCGAAGACAGUGAGUUCGAUUUUAAGGCUGAAGACCUGACCGAUCUGGGUGAGAUCGGUCGGGGUGCAUUUGGUACGGUGAACAAAAUGCGUUUCCAAAGGGACCACGUGUCCAAAGUCAUGGCCGUCAAGCGGAUUCGGUCCACCGUGGAUGAACGUGAGCAGAAGGAAUUGCUCAUGGACUUGGGCGUUGUGAUGCAAUCCAAUGAUUGUCAGUUCAUUGUGCUUUUCUUCGGAGCUCUGUUCAAGGAGGGUGAUUGCUGGAUCUGUAUGGAAGUCAUGGACACGAGUACGGAUAAGUUCUACAAGUACAUCUACGAGCAACUCCAUGAAAGCAUGCCGGAGAACGUAAUUGGCAAAAUCACCGUGGCCACGGUGAGCGCCCUCAAUUACCUCAAGGAGAAGCUCAAGAUCAUCCACCGAGACGUAAAGCCCAGCAACAUCCUCUUGGAUCGAAGCGGCAACAUCAAACUCUGUGAUUUUGGCAUUUCUGGCCAAUUGGUGGACUCGAUUGCCAAGACCCGUGACGCGGGUUGUCGCCCCUACAUGGCCCCGGAAAGAAUCGAUCCCCAACGGGCCAAGGGCUACGAUGUGAGAUCUGAUGUAUGGUCUCUGGGCAUAACCCUUAUUGAGUUAUCUACCGGUCAUUUCCCUUACCCCAAAUGGAAUUCCGUCUUCGAGCAACUACAGCAGGUGGUUCACGGAGAUCCACCGCGAUUGGAUCCCCGUCAGAACAAUGUGAACUUUACCAUCGAGUUUGUGAACUUUGUGAACACUUGCCUCAUCAAGGACGAGCUUCAGCGUCCCAAGUAUACCAAACUACUCGACCAUCCCUUCAUUCGGCGGUCCGAGUCUGAAUCCGUGGACGUUUCCGCCUACGUCUCCAAUAUAAUGGAUCGGUUCGUGGAGCACAACGGACCUUCGGCCGUUUUUGGCAUGACUAACGCUGAUUCGGACGUCACGCCUAUGGACUGUGAUACGAAGUGAGCGGGGCGGGUUUUACCAAACCCAUCAGCAAUGGUAGCACCUUCAUUUCCCCUAGCGGACUCCAGUGCAACUACAAAGCGAAAAAAACCAAGAGCUCGAUCGUCAGGUCUAGCCUUCAAUGUUUGGGGUAGCUUCUUCCCGACCUUGAUGAAGAUACAUUAUUACAUAACGAUUCCAAAUGGCCGCACACCAAGUCGCUUUUACGGGCUUAGAAACUGUUGGUAGCUUUUCGUUUCAAACUAUUUACAACGUAGGCAUUUCCCCCUCCACGGUGGUUAGAAUUCCUGGUUAAGUGUGAGCUCAAAGGCCCAAGACAUCUAAAUAUGGUUUUCUUUGUCAGAGACUGUAGUGGGAACAACUUUUGUAAAAAGAACCCAUGUUUGAAAGUAGCUUGGAUAACGUGUCACUGACAAAAACGUAGCCAUUCAGUAUUUAAAGUACUCUUAGCUAUGUAUUGACAUGAACUUUAUAAACAUCUAAUUAGUAGUUGCUUAGUCAUUAUACCCUACACCUUAAAAGAUCGAAAAAUGGCCCAACUGUAUUUUUACUUAUUGCUAAGACAUCUAAUUGUCUUUGUCAAUGACAUGACAAGCAGCAAUAUUUUUUCAUUUCCGUUAAAAUUUCUUUGAAAGCUAAGUGUUAAAAAUUGUCGCUUAACCAAUUUUACAUCCUUUGUAAGUUUUAUCAUUUUUGACUAAGAACUAUCCUAUUAUGUUCCCAAAGUAUUUUAACGAUAAAUGAGACAGGUUAAUUUUCAACUUUGUCACUCUUUGUAAUAAUUAAUUUCAGUGUCCUUGAGACGUUUGAAAUCAUCGUGAAUAGAUUUUUGUCAAAAUGCAAGAUUCAGCUGGAUUAAGGUAGGGUUUUCAAGUGUGGCAUCACUAUUGUGAAAUAUUGACUUGCUUCAAAAACGUGAACUAUUUUCAUUUAUUUUUUUGGGCAUAGAAAACGUAUAUUGCAUUUCUUGGCAAUUGCUUUAAGAUAUAACCGGGGAACUUUGCAGUCAAAUUUGACGCAAAGGCAAUCUUUGAAUGAGUAACAACUUAUUGCUUGCUUGAUGGAUUUGGAUAAAAUUUUAUUUGAAAACGUAACAUCUGGUAAUUAAGUUUUUAAAAAUAUCAUCUUCUUACAAGUUUUAGGGGGAUUAAUACACCAGGCUGAGGGCAUUUUCAAGAUGAUAUUUUAAACAAGUUGUUCCCUUUGUUUUUAUAACAACGAAAAUCGUCAUUAAUAGCCUUGGCAUUUGCACAAACACUUGACCAGUAUUGUGGUUUCCACCGUGUCUCAUUUCCAGCCACUCUUUGUUCAGAUCAUGAGAGAAUAAUCCUUUGUUAUGACCAAUAUUAAGAUAACAGUUUACCUUACGAACCUGCUGUCAAAUCAAAUAGAAUACUUUGUUUCGCCGA